AUGAGAGUCUUAAGUUCUUGGAAAGUUAUUGGAAAUAUCAUGGAUGUUUCUCUCAAGAAAAUGAGCUACAUUCAAAAAUAUAGGACUGAAUGGGAGAAUGACGAAGACUUUAAACAGUGGAUAAAGCCAAUAGCGGAUAGUCCAACGAAAGCCUUUUGCAAGUAUUGUCAUGUAGAAAUUGCUGCCAAAAUUUAUGAUUUACGUAAGCACAGAGAAUCUAAAAAACACAAAGCAAAAUGUGAAUUAAUCACAAAAAAUAAACAGAUCCAGUUUACCUCUACACCUGAUGAUGGUUUAAAGAACAGUCAAAAAGCUGAAGGCCAGCUUGCCUUGUUCAUUGCUGAACAUACUUCCAUAUCCAACACUGACCACCUUACAGACCUUUGUAAAGAAGUUUUUCAUGAUUCAAAGUGUGCCAAAGAUAUAAAAAUGCAUAGAACUAAAUGUACGCAAGUUAUAAAUCAAGUGCUGGCGCCGCAUUUUAAGGAUACUCUUCUAAAAGAUAUUGGCACGCAGAAAUAUAGUAUUAUUUUAGAUGAAUCUACGGAUGUUAGCGUCUCAAAAUACAUGGGAAUAAUAAUACGAUAUUUUAGCCUGAAUACGAAUAAUAUUGUGUCAUCAUUUCUGUCUCUGGAGCCUAUUGAAAGAGCUGAUGCGAGAAGUAUUGUCACAUCUUUAGUAAAAUGUUUGGAGUCACAAAGUCUUCCAAUACAAAAUUUGAUUGGGAUCGGCACCGACAAUGCCUCGGUCAUGACGGGCCGAAAUAACAGCGUAAUUGAAAUUUUGAAGAGAGAAUAUAAUUUACCAAAUUUGAUCCUCAUUAGAUGCAUCUGCCACUCUUUGCAAUUGGCGGUCAGCCAUGCGUCUGAAAGCAAUCUGCCACGUAACAUAGAAUUUCUGAUAAGAGAGACGUACAACUGGUUCUCCAUUUCUCCAAAACGCCGAGACGAAUAUAAAGCGCUGUUUCAAACAAUUAACUGCGGGGAUGAACCAUUAAAAAUAUUAAAGGUUUGUGACACCCGUUGGUUAUCAAUAGAGCCUGCUGUGUUGAGAAUAUUGGCACAAUGGAACGAGUUAAAACUACAUUUUUCUUUGGCCAGAGAGAAGUGCUAUACAGCGGGACUUCUUUGGGAAAUGUACAAUGACGAGGGUGAAAAUAUUGAUCCUGUCAAACUGUUAGAAACUCUGAUGACCUUGUUACGAUCUGUCUGCGUUAGAAUAAUAAUACCAGGCGCCGCGACAACAGACAAAGAUUUCCUCACUAUCAAAGUAGAAGAUCAUCUAGAUCCAGUUGCACAUUUGGGACAUCUUUUCGAAUCUCAUGCCAGUAAUAGCAACUUAUCUCCGCAAGCAAUUUCUAAUAUCAAAAAACGAUGCAUCGACUUCAGUGUCAAGUUGGUACAAGAAAUUCAGAACAGAAUACCUUCUAAUUACGAGAUCCUAGCAAAAGUAACACUCUUAAGUCCAGAGAACACAUUAAAACAGAUCAAGGAUCCUCAUGCACUGGUUGGAUUAGCAAGAGAAUUGGGAUUCGAUGACCAAAAGACAGAUAAAAUUGUUCAACAAUGGAAAACUAUACAAUUCAUAGAAUGGGAAACUGCAGGAGACAGUGUUAAAUUCUGGGCGCAAGUCUUAAAAUACAAGAAUGCAGCAGGAGUUAAUACAUUUCGAGAACUAGCUGACUUGGCUAUUGCUGCAAUGUCCCUUCCUCACUCUAAUGCGGAAGUAGAAAGGCUGUUCAGCGUGAUGAACACUGUAAAAAAUAAAUUGAGAAAUAGAAUGUGUUCAUUGACACUCAAUUCUAUAAUAAUGAUUAGAAAUCAAUUAAAAAUAAAGAAGAAAAAUUGUCACAACUAUGUUUUACCGCCUGAGGUUUUAAAAAAAAUUAAAAAAACUGUCAAACCUUUAAAACAAAUCGUAACACCAUCUACAUCAUCAUCACCCAUUGACGAAGAGGUUAUAGAAUUACCAGAUGACAUUGCAGACCUACAAAUUGAUUAUUAA